ACGGGUGAGGUGGGCCCGGCUGCUGCCCGAAAUUUUAGGACUUCCGAAAGCAGCGGCGGCGUUUGCUUCACUGCUUGGAAGUGUGAAUGCGCGAAGAUGCGAAAGGUGGUUUUGAUUACCGGCGCGAGCAGUGGCAUUGGCCUGGCCCUCUGCAAGCGGCUGCUGGCGGAAGAUGAUGAGCUUCAUCUGUGUUUGGCGUGCAGGAAUAGGAACAAGGCAGAAGCUGUCCGUGCUUCUCUGCUGGCCUCUCACCCCACUGCUGAGGUCACCAUUGUCCAGGUGGAUAUCAGCAACCUGCAGUCCGUGUUCCGGGCCUCCAAGGAACUUAAGCAAAGGUUUCAGAGAUUAGACUGUAUAUAUCUAAAUGCUGGGAUCAUGCCUAAUCCACAGCUAAAUAUCAAAGCACUUUUCUUUGGCCUCUUUUCAAGAAAAGUGAUUCAUAUGUUCUCCACAGCUGAAGGCCUGCUGACCCAGGGUGAUAAGAUCACUGCUGAUGGACUUCAGGAGGUGUUUGAGACCAAUGUCUUUGGCCAUUUUAUCCUGAUUCGGGAACUAGAGCCUCUCCUUUGUCACAGUGACAGUCCAUCUCAGCUCAUCUGGACAUCGUCUCGCAAUGCAAGGAAAUCUAAUUUCAGCCUCGACGACUUCCAGCACAGCAAAGGCAAGGAGCCCUACAGUUCUUCCAAAUAUGCCACUGACCUUCUGAGUGUGGCUUUGAACAGGAACUUCAACCAGCAGGGUCUGUAUUCCAAUGUGGUGUGUCCAGGUACAGCACUGACCAAUUUGACAUAUGGAAUUCUGCCUCCCUUUAUAUGGACACUGUUGAUGCCGGCAAUAUUGCUACUUCGCUUUUUUGCAAAUGCAUUCACUUUGACACCAUACAAUGGAACAGAAGCGCUGGUAUGGCUUUUCCACCAAAAGCCCGAAUCUCUCAAUCCUCUGAUCAAAUAUCUCAGUGCCACCACUGGCUUUGGAAGAAAUUACAUUAUGACCCAGAAGAUGGACCUAGAUGAAGACACUGCUGAAAAAUUUUAUCAAAAGUUACUGGAACUGGAAAAGCACAUUAGGGUCACUAUUCAAAAGACAGAUAAUCAGGUUGGGCACAGUGGCUCAUGCCUGUAAUUCCAGCACUUUGAGAGGCCAAGGCGGAAGGAUCACUUGAGACUAGGAGUUCGAGACCAGCCUGAGAAACAUAGUGAGACCCUGUCUCU